GUUUAAAGAGAGAACCAAAAUUCGGGCACUUGAGGGACUUGCACAGGGCAUUGAGGUUGAGCAAGAAGCCAUUGCUUUGGGGCACUCCACACGUGCACAAGAUUAGUGAGGACUUAGAGAUCACGACUUAUGAGAAGGAAGGAACAAAAAUUUGUGCUGCAUUUUUGACCAACAACAAUUCAAGGGAAGACGCGACUAUUAAUUUCAGAGGCGUUGACUAUUUCUUGCCAGCUAAAUCUAUCAGCAUUUUACCCGAUUGUCGCACUGUGGUUUUCAACACACAAACG